AAAAAAAACAAUGAAUAAAAACGAUAAUAAAGAUGAAAUAUUUUUAAAAGAAUUUAUGAAUAAAUUAUUUAAUACAAUAAUUUAUAAUACCAAUGAAUUUAAAGAAAAUCAAGCUGAAUGUUUAAUUAAUUCAUUUAAAAUAAUUAAUGAUAAAUUAAGACGAUUUAAUGAUAUUAAUGAUAUUGUUAAAUUAAUACAAAAUCAUAAAAAUCAUGAUAUUUGGUUUUCAAGUUUAAAUGGAUUAUUUCAUCAAUGUGGUUAUAUGGAUUAUUAUUAUAUAGAUUAUAAUAAAUGUUUAAAUUUAUAUUUAUUGGCAAUUAAAAAUGAAGAAAUUUUAAAAAUGAUAGAUUUAAAUAUAAGAG